AUGCUGCAAGUACCAAUUCGGGAGAGGGCUAACAAUGCCUCUACCAAGGCCAUCAUUUUGGUCGGAGGCCCAUCGCGGGGUACUCGUUUCCGCCCAUUGUCGCUCGAUGUGCCCAAGCCCCUAUUCGAAGUCGCCGGCCACCCAAUCAUCCAUCACUGCCUGAAGGCCCUGGAUAAAGUUCCAGACGUGCGCGAGGUCAUUCUGGUCGGAUAUUACGAUGAGUCGGUCUUCAGGGACUUCAUUAAGGACUCGGCGAAGGAAUUCCCUCAGUUCCGAAUCCAAUAUCUCCGGGAGUACACUGCUUUGGGAACCGCAGGUGGUCUGUACCACUUCCGUGAUGCUAUUCUCAAGGGGAAGCCGGAGCGUAUUUUCGUCUUAAACGCCGAUGUUUGCUGCUCAUUCCCGUUGGGUGAGAUGUUGCGUUUGUUCGAGGAGAAGGACGCCGAGGCGGUCAUUCUGGGUACACGGGUGGACAACGAAGCUGCCUCCAACUUCGGUUGUAUCGUCUCUGACUCCCACACCAAGCGUGUGCUGCACUACGUUGAGAAGCCCGAAUCGCACAUCUCUAACCUGAUCAACUGCGGUGUCUACCUCUUCGCGACCGAGUGUAUUUUCCCCGCUAUUCGCAGUGCCAUCAAGCGCCGCACUACCCGGCCGCGGCUCCUCUCUUAUCCCUCCUCCGAUAACCUCGAGUCCUCCUUUGUCGCCACUGCGGGAGAUGACGAUGAUGCUGAGAAGAAUGAGGUGAUCCGCCUCGAGCAGGACAUUCUUUCUGAUUUGGCCGACAGUAACCGUUUCUUCGUCCACGAGACCAAGGACUUUUGGCGCCAGAUCAAGUCGGCCGGCUCUGCGGUGCCUGCCAACGCGCUCUACCUCCAGAAGGCUUUCCAGGCUCAAUCGGAAGAACUCGUCGCUCCCUCUGCCACCAUUGUGCCCCCUGUCUACAUCCACCCUACUGCUAGCGUAGACCCCACCGCCAAGCUGGGUCCCAAUGUGUCCAUCGGACCUCGUGCAGUGGUUGGUGCCGGUGUCCGUGUCAAGGACUCAAUUGUCCUCGAAGACGCCGAGAUCCGCCACGACGCCUGCGUGAUGCACUCUAUUAUUGGGUGGAGCAGUCGUGUAGGUGCGUGGGCCCGCGUGGAGGGAACUCCGAUUCCCAUUGGCAGCCACUCGACCAGCAUUGUCAAGCAGGGUGUCAAGGUGCAGAGCAUUACCAUUCUUGGCAAGGAGUGCGGUGUGGGUGACGAAGUCCGAGUGCAGAACUGUGUCUGUCUGCCUUACAAGGAACUGAAGCGGGAUGUCGCCAACGAGGUCAUAAUGUAG